UCUCCUGUUUUCAGGUGCUGCUGUUCAGCACUUCCGCUUUCAGGCACAGGAAUUCGUAGCCAGUACGACGUCACUCAUCCUGCAUUUCGGUGUUAUUUUUCACCGGGAGCGACGAGUCGCGGAGUACAAUUCCACACGGACGCCGUUUUUCGCAGUAUGCAACGUGUGUAAAAGGUUAAAACGACGCUCGCCUAAUUGAGCAGAUGGGAGACACAGAAGGUACAGAAGAGUGUUACUGUGCGGGCUGUGGAACAAGAGUCCACGAGCCGUUCCGCAUGAAGGUCUUUCAGGACAUUUGGCACUACGCCUGCUUCCAGUGCUCUGUGUGCUGCGACCACCUGACUAACUGGUACUAUGAGAAGGAUGGGAAGUUGUACUGUCGCAAACACUACUGGGAGAGGUUUGGAGAGCUGUGUCACGGAUGCUCUCUGCUCAUGACCGGACCUGCAAUGGUGGCUGGAGAACACAAGUAUCAUCCCGAGUGCUUUGUAUGUCUCAGCUGCAAGGUGGUAAUUGAGGACCGGGAUACAUAUGCCUUAGUGGAGCGCUCUAAACUCUUCUGCGGGAAGUGCUACAAGCAGCUGAUCCUCACCCCCAUGUUGGAAAAGCGCUCGCAUGACUCCGUCCUGGACUCCCUCCCCCACACGGUGACGCUCAUCUCAAUGCCCUCCGCGGCCAACGGCAAGAGAGGCCUGUCCGUAUCGGUGCUGCGUGACGUCAGUGGCGUGGCGAGUGUCCAAGUCACAGAGGUCAGAGGGAUGCUCAUUUUCAGCGCGAUGAACACGUGUCCCUGUAUGUGGUGUUGUUUUACGAGCAGGGUCAGAGGGAUGCUCAUUAGUCCCGAGGUGCGGAAUGCCAUCCACGUUGGAGACAGGAUCCUUGAGAUUAAUGGUGUUCCGGUGGGGACACUGCUGGAGGAAGAGGUGGAUGACCUCAUUCAUCGCACCAGUCAAACAUUACAGCUGCUUAUCGAAUAUGACCCGGUGAGGCAACGUUUGGACCGGCUCCGACUGGAAACGUCCAGGAACGCGCUGGGAGUGCCGGCGACCUCCCGCAUGCGCCUGUCCUCGCCAUCAAACGCGGUCCUGGAGAGAACUGAGUUGGACGACAGCACACUGAAGAGGAGAUCUUUGAGGCGCAGUAACAGCAUAUGCAAGUCCCCUGGACCCAAUUCCCCCAACGAGUACCUUUUCAUCACCCGAGACAUUGGUCGCUCUGAAUCUUUGAGGUCGUCCAGUAGCUGCUCUCAUCGCAUCUUCAGGCCAUGUGACCUCAUCCACGGCGAGGUUUUGGGAAAAGGCUUCUUUGGACAGGCUAUCAAGGUGACUCAUAAAGCCACAGGAGAGGUGAUGGUGAUGAAAGAGCUGCUUCGCUGUGACGAGGAGACCCAGAAAACUUUCCUCAAGGAGGUCAAAGUCAUGCGGAGCCUGGAGCAUCCUCAUGUCCUGAAGUUCAUCGGUGUACUGUACAAGGACAAGAGACUCAAUUUGAUUACGGAGUUCAUCGAAGGAGGCACCCUGAAGGACUUCAUCAGAGACACUGAUCCGUUUCCAUGGGAGCAAAGAGUGAGCUUUGCAAAAAGCAUUGCGUCUGGCAUGUCCUAUCUUCACUCUAUGAGCAUCAUACACCGAGACCUCAACUCUCACAACUGCCUGGUUAAACUGGACAACACCGUGGUCGUUGCCGACUUCGGACUGUCGCGACUCAUCGUAGAAGAGAAAGUGAAGCCAUCACCUGAUAAAAACUCCACCAAGAAGAGGGUGUUCCGACGUUCUGACCGGAAGAAAAGGUAUACCGUGGUUGGAAACCCCUACUGGAUGGCCCCAGAGAUGCUAAAUGGUAAACGCUAUGAUGAAAAGGUGGACAUUUUCUCCUAUGGAAUUGUUCUAUGUGAGAUCAUCGGAAAGGUCUACGCAGAUCCAGAAUGUCUCCCCAGAACUCUGGACUUCGGUCUGAACGUGGGAAAGUUUGUGGAAAAGUUCCUCCCUGAAGACUGUCCGCCAGCGUUCUUUCCGCUGGCUGUGGCUUGUUGCGAUCUCACACCAGACAACCGUCCACCGUUCCAGAAGCUGGAGGACUGCUUCAAAGCUCUGUCCCUCAACCAGGAGCUGGGCAUCCCUCUCCCAUCCGAAUUAGAUGAACUCCAUCAAAGUCUGAGUCGACUCCACUGGCCCAAAGAUGGUUCUUCCCCGGCGCCAAGCCCAGAUGAGCCGCAAUCCCCCAAAGUGGCCUCCCCAGACUGCUCUGGGACAUCAGACAAUGGCACUUAGUACCCGCCCUCUUUUUCGAGCCAUGUAACCCCUCUGACCUGCUGCACCAAUUACACGAAACAGCGAGAGGUAAGCUGUGCCGCAGCCACGUGAGGACCCAGAAAGUGUGCUGGGCUGCUCUCGUUUCGGUGUGCAAGUGGAGGCUGCCUUUCAACAGCUAUUACCUUUUACUUUUUAAUGCACACGGGUCUCAUUGUAAUGUGUACGGUGCAGAAAUGCUAAAUACAUGUUCCUUUGGUCUGUUUCCAAACGGAAAUUCCGCCUUGGUUCUCGCGUCAGGUUGAAACCAUACUUGUUUUUUCUGCCAUUGUGUGAAAUGCAAUAUUUUCCCAUCAGAGGGCGCCCUCGUUCCACUGCUGCUAUCUUUCCAUUUCUUGAGGAAACAAACGGCAACAGGACCAAAGGGUGCGGCAGCAACAGUUGAAUUCCUCGACCAGGGGGACUGUUUUGAUUUCACUACUCAUUCGCGUCACAUGCAAGGUUGUUGCUAGAUAUUUGCACUUUUUAACUUUUUUUGUAGCAAUUUCUCACAAGUUGCGUUCAUGUUUUGUGUUGUUGCCAAAUUCUCACCCGGGUCAUGUUCUCCAUACACCUGCUGCUUUUGCUUUUCAAAAAGGGCUUGUUGAAACACACUAAUCUCAAAAACCUGUUUUUCUACAGAAGAACUGGAUUGCUUUGUAAUUUUUCACAUCCAUUUGAAUGUAGAUAUUGUACAUAUUGCUCAAUGUGAGGUCUCUUUUUUUUUUUAUAAAUGAAACUUUUAGAUUUUAGACAUUUCAAUUCACUGUGGAUGUUGAUUUGCCUUCUUGUUACUGUUCUAGUCGCCUCAAGGUACUGACAACAAAUUUUUAACACUGAUAUUUAAGAAUCAAGAGGGGUUCCUAAAUAAACACUCACGCAACAGAUUAUUUUAGCUAUUCGCUAGUUAGACGAUUGAAUUUUAGCUCAUUGUAGUCCGUGGUUUUUAAUAAGCAAAAUAAAUACUUUCUUACAAGUGCCCCAAACACUCACGAUGACAAUGUGUUCACACACAUUUUGAGACUUGGAUAAGUUAUGUGGACACUAGCACCCGUGUGACUAUUUUUAUAUUUAAUUCGCAAAUACUGUGAUGUUCUUUGUGUCUCGAGCUUUAUACAUGUUGGAGUACACAAAAAAUCAGCCAUUCCUAUUAGUUCAGUGAUGUUGGUCGUUAUUGAUAGUUUUAAAUGCGAUACUUGGGAUGACCGCUGACUCGUUUCCAUUCCUAAAGUUGUGUAUUUAUUUAUCUUUACCAAUGAGGAAAUGUUUCACUAAAUAUCUGCAGUGGUUCUAGAUUCUUCUGACGACUGUAUAUUUGUUGAUAAAUGUGUGUUUGUACUAAAUUUUCACAUAUCGUUUUACCAAUUUAAAGAAAAGAUUACUCCAAAAGCGAUGACUUCGCGGGCGGCUCAAAUGUGUAGUUAGGAUAGAAUGACCAGCAGGGGGAGUUCAAGGUUUCCAUGUUGAGUAAUCGUUCAAUCUGUAUGGAUUUCCAUGAAUGAAAUUAAACAUACCAGUUUGCA